AUAUACAUUAUUAUAUAAUAUAAUACAUACACAUUAUGCUUGAUUACGUCAAGGACUUGUUGAACCUCGUUUUCCACUUUAUUUUACUUUUUCUGCUCAUUGGUCAAAAUUUGGCAGCUGUAGACUCUGUCUGCUGGUGUCGUAGACUCGUAUGUCGCUCUGGACAGACUGGUCGCGUCAUCACACCCUAAACAAGGGAGAACGCCGGGAAGAUGACCAGAUUAUUUCAAAUAUCCGUCAGUAUAUAUCUCCCGAGCGAAGAAAACGAAGAUCCAUGCAGAGGGCCAGCCACGAGUGAAUAUCUGCCUGAGGGCCAGGGCCUUUAGCACACCUGAAACAUGAAGACAGCUAAACAAAGGCUUCAUCUUCAUCCAUCUGGUUCUUUCAUUCCGGUUGACAACAAGAUAAGCUUGGCUUAUAAUCCCCAAGCCCAGUGUUGAUGUGGUCAUAAUGUUUUACUCGCCAACUAGUCCCUUCGAUGUCUACUAUGGCUCAGCCCAGAAUUUGUGAUACGCUAGUGACACACGAGAAGUCAAAUGCUCUAGAAGAGCUGGGACGUGUGCAUUCAUCUAAUUCCUCACCACUUUGUUCAGAAUCUCACCCUCCAGAUGGCGGGUUUUGGGCAUGGGCAACUGCUUUCGGGUGUUUUUUGAUACAGUUUUGCGGUUUUGGAUACGUGUCAUCUUUUGGAGUGUAUCAAGAUUUUUACACGCGAAUUUACCUGACCGACCAAUCACCGUCUGCAAUAUCAUGGAUUGGCGCAUUGGCUUCGUUCCUUGCAGAUAGUGUCACCUUGAUCUCGGGACCGUUGUAUGACAGGGGAUGGUUCUACCAAUUGAUGAUUGUGGGGUCAGCCCUCCAGUCAAUAUCCUUGUUCGCGUUAUCACUCGCGAAGCCUGGUCAGUUCUACCUUAUAUUCAUUGUUCAAGGCGUUCUUUCGGGAAUUGGCAUGGGCCUGACCUACGGUCCCUGCAUGUUGGUCAUCUCUCAGCACUUCUCCAAGAGGCGUACAUUGGUGAUGUCCCUUGUCGCGUCCGGUUCACCAAUGGGUGCCGUUAUUCAUCCGAUCAUGCUGAAUCACCUUUUGAAUGGCACUGUUGGCUUUGCGCGAGGUGUUCGUGCCAGUGCAGGUCUUGUUAGUGGUCUGUUAUUGAUAUCCUGCUUAUCCAUGCGCACGAGAGCACUGUCGACGCCGAAAUCAACUACAAACUAUAAUGCAGCUGUGCGAAAAUGCUCUCGCGAUGUUUUCUUCAUCCUCAUAACUGCUGGGUCAACAAUAUUUCAGAUCGGGUAUUACUUCCCCAUAUUUUACUUGCAACUCGACUCUAUCAAACAUAGGAUUGACAUUCAUCUCUCGUUCUAUUCCCUUGUGAUUAUGAAUGCUGCCUGUGUCAUCGGCCGCUGCACGGCAGGAAUAAUUGCAGCAUACACGGGGGCAUUAAACUUCAUGAUCGCAUCUACUGUCGCAUGCAGUGCCCUGAUCAUUUCCAUGAUAGCUCUUAGCAACGUAGCAAGUGUGGUUGUGUUAGGGCUUGCAUAUGGGUACUUUUCUGGAGUUUACAUCGCGCUGAUGGUACCAUUGGUGACUGCGUUCACGCCCGACUUGUCCGAGCUAGGGGCGCGAUUUGGAAUAUGUUUCGCUUCCACUGCCUUUGGUGGAUUACUCGGCGGCCCAAUACCAGGCGCUUUGCUUUCUUCUCAAUAUAGGUGGUGGGUAGCGUCGCUGUUCAGUGGGCUCGUUUCCUUUGUCGGUAGUUCCAUGUUUGUGGUGAUGCGCUUGAUGAUAUACCGCAGACGAUGGACGAAAGAGGCAGUAUAGUCACACAGGAAACCAGGUGAAUUACGUCUUCUAUGCGCUUUCCUUCGGAUCGAUAUAUGUGCUUGUCUAUUCAACAUACUCACCCUUGUGCUGUCGGUGGCACCAGGUUGUUAUUGGCAAUGUACACCUACGCACGGUUCAAAUACAUGGAUCGUAUAUGUAUUUAAUUCUGUAGUCUCUUCUAAACUGUUUUGCUGUCAUCA